GUAAACAAAUAGAAACCUCUGACGCUCUAACAAAAACCUGUUUUGCAAGAAUUUAAGUCCAGUUUCUUAUUUAUUUGUGAAAUUGCGGACUAAUUGAAUGGAAUUCAAGAGGCUUGGUCAUCGAGAACGUCAGUGUUAUUUGAAUUGACCAGAAGAGUAAACAAAGCGAAUUCGGACAAUUAAAAAGGAGGCAAUAGGGCAUAUCAUGUAAACUGUUCAUGAAGUAAACAUCUAUCUAUAUGAAGCGGUCUCUAUGAAAAACUGCCAUGUCAUUGUAUAUGUGUAUAAAGCCGUUAGCUGUAUGAAAUUUAUCCAAUUUAGAAGAAUCUCUAGGAUAAAAAUGGCGUCUCAAGAUACAAUGUGGUCUUUUGGUUAUGGAAGUAACAUGGAUGUCAAGGCUGUGGAAACCAAGAAAAAAGUUAAGAUCAUUGAUCACACGGCUGCUAUUCUGAAAGGCUGGAAGUUGGCCUUUAAUCUGUCUGGAAUUCCACUAGUAGAACCAGCUUAUGCCAACGUUACCAAAGGAGAUCCAACAGAUGAAGUCCAUGGUGUUGCUUUCUGUAUGACGAAAGAUUCUAUUGAACAAAUGGACAGGGUUGAAUCUGGUUACAACAAAGCGCAAGUAACACUUGAAGCUUACGAUGGUCGCAAACUAGAUGGAUUUGUCUACGUGAACAAACCGUCCGCAGUUUCAACAGAAACUCACCAACCUUCCAGUAGAUAUGUCGGUGUUCUGGUUAAAGGUGCUAAACAAGCGGGUCUUAGUAAAUCGUACAUAGAAAAUCUACAAAAGACGGAAGUCUACAAACCAUCGGCAGAAACCUUGAAACUUCGAGAAUCUUUACCCAAACCAGACGACCUUCCAGCAAUAUCCGUAGAAGAACUAGCAAAACAUGACGGGAAAGACGAGAAAUUUCCAACGAGAGUCGCAGUUUUAGGUUAUGUGAUGCAACCGGGAAGAUCUUGGUUCGGAACUCAUCGCGGCAGAGACAGAACCACGAGAUUUUUGAUGCAAUACCACGGGUUGCCGUUAGAUGAUAAUGAAGAUUUUGGAAAACCGCCAUAUCCACUGCUGGACUCGUUAACUGGUGACGAGAAAGAAUAUAUUUCACGAUGGAUGGACCAUUAUUUAUCUUCCUCGAAUGGCAAGGCUGUUGGUUAUGUCAAAGAAUUCAGGGAGCAACAAAAAUCUGGCCAAAGCGUUUAUCAGUUGCCCAAAUAGAUGUGAUAUUGGUCAUUGCGCUAAUUACAGACAUAAGGGAGCGUAGCGCUAUAGGGUUUUGAUGGGGUAGAGAACAUCAUCGGAGUGUAGAGGAGACCAUAUUGAGUAUUCUGAGCUCAGAGACUAGCGACACUUCCGGUUCUGAAAGUCAAUGGUUGGGCAAGUCUGUCUGCUAAUGAUAGCAUAUAUUAAGAUUAUAAACCUAAAGAUUGUUUUAGAUUGAAAAAAUGUAAGGAUUGUUGAAUAAAAACACACAAUAUUCUGCUGUUAUCUUGUUUAAUUUCCCAUC